AUGGUUGAUGAUGAUGAUGAUAAUGAUGAAGAUGAUGAUAGUGAUGAUGAUGAUGGUGAUGGUGAUGAUGAUGAUGAUGGCAGUGCUAUUGCUGCAGCAGCAAUUUUUGCUAUAUUGCUUGCUGGGGAUAUCUUGAUCCAUUCCACAGAUACCGUGAAGCUACCAAAGAGCUCCAUAAAAUUGAGAAAUGUUUUUUUCGCAUAUAUUACUGCCAUACUUCACAAAUCUGGCGACACUGAAGGAGAAGCAUUUGCCUAA